UCACUAAAAUCCACCGUAUCUCCGCUCUUCACAAUCAUCUUUCUCUCUCACUUUCUCUCUCUAACCCACCGCCGUAUCUUACUCUCGCUCAUCCCUCCGCCACCGUUGCAGCGGUGGUUUUCAUUCUACAUCUACAUACACAAUUAUUUAAACAACCCUUUAACAUAUUACUUAUUUCAAGAUGAUGCAAGAUAUGUGGAAUGCACCACCAGGUUUCCGAUCCACCAAAUCGGCCCCGUCGUCUCCGGCGAAGCCCGUCACUGGUGGGGUAUUGAGAACUCGGUCAGAAUCGUUCAAUUUGAACUCAACUCGGUCUGACUCGUUCAACUCGAACUUGACUCGGUCCGAGUCGUUUCAUGUGACUCACAAGGUCCCAGUUGGUGAUUCCCCUUAUGUCAGAGCCAAAAAUGUUCAGUUGGUUGAGAAGGAUCCGGAGAGGGCGAUACCGUUGUUCUGGGCAGCCAUUAACGCUGGGGAUCGAGUGGAUAGCGCGCUGAAAGAUAUGGCGAUUGUUAUGAAGCAACAGAAUCGGGCUGAAGAAGCGAUUGAAGCUAUUAAGUCUUUGCGAAGAAGGUGUUCGGAUCAGGCUCAAGAGUCUCUAGAUAACAUUCUUUUGGAUCUCUACAAGAGAUGUGGAAGAUUGGAUGAUCAGAUUGGAUUGUUGAGGCACAAGUUGUUCUUGAUUCAACAAGGGAUGGCUUUCAAUGGGAAGCGAACGAAAACCGCACGAUCCCAAGGGAAGAAAUUUCAAGUUUCGGUUGAGCAGGAGGCAACUCGGCUGCUGGGGAAUUUGGGCUGGGCAUUGAUGCAACAGAACAACUAUGUAGAAGCCGAAGAUGCAUACCGAAGGGCGUUAUUGAUCGCGCCCGAUAACAACAAGAUGUGCAAUCUUGGAAUAUGUUUGAUGAAACAAGGGCGGCUCGGUGAGGCUAAGGAGACGCUUGGGCUCGUUAAGCCCGCUGUUGCAGACGGGCCACGAGGGGUGGACUCCCAUCUCAAGGCGUACGAGCGAGCGCAACAAAUGUUAAGCGAUCUCAAAUCGGAGAUGAUGGUGAACAGCAGUGGAGAUCGCGUCGAACAGAGGAAGCUGUUCGACGCGUUCUUGGGCUCGUCCGCCGUUUGGCAGCCGCAGCCGUGUAAAGAGCAUCUGUCUUUACCUCCUCCUUCAAACCCUAGCAAAACGCAAGACGGGUUCGCUAACGAGAAUGCGAAUAACGCAAACAUUUUAGCGAAUGCAAACAGCGGGAAGGAUCGGGUGAUGGGUGGGAAUAUUGGGAAUUCGAAUUCGCUGAAUGUAGCCGCGAAGCCAUUCUACGUGUCGAAUGUGGCGAAAAGUAGUGAAAAUGUAAUAGGGGAGGGGCUAAAGAGAUCAAGGUCUAUAAAUGCUGCUGCCAUGACUGGAGACAAAGAAUCCGAAGCCGCAAACAAGGCGCGGAGGAAGUCGAACUCGCCCGAGAAAACUAGCGACUGGAGCGCGCUUUUGCCAGACAGCGAGGACUUCGAAGAGGCUAUAAUCGCUGCGGUUUUGGGGUCGAGUGGGGAAGCGGAGAAGAUGAAGUUGGGUGGGAAAGGGAAGGUGGUUGUUCAGAAGAGGCUGAAGGUGUUUCAAGAUAUAACUCAGUCAGUUAGUAGUCCAAGAGCUUGAGGGGGGUAAAGAGUUGCUGACAUAGAAUGGAGGGAGAUAGACUUGUUCUCCUGUGACUGCAUUAUUGGUGUAGUGUUUGUGAUGUGUUGUUGAGUGUUUGUGCACCAACACAACAAGGUUAACUUUUUUUAAUUCUUAUUUGCCUUAAAAUGGAGGCUAAAGUUGAAAUAAACUAAUGCAAUUUAUCAAUUGAUUUUUUGAAUGCA